UUAGUCCAAUCAAAUUAAUAAAAAAACCCCAAUAUUUUGGGGUACACAGAAAGGAACGCAAAUACUAUAUCAUGCAACAGAGGAGGAAGUAUUGGGUUUAAUCAUAUUGAAUUAGUUAGUUGGACGCCAUAAAAGUUAAAACCUCCCGUAUCUUUCUCCUAUUAUAUAGAAGGAAAAAACGACACUCAAACCCUCAUUCAUUUCUUGCUUAAAUUUUAACAUAACUUCAUCAAUACAAUUUACUACUACAUUUGAUAUCUUGUUUCGUAGCAUAUGGGAAGGUGGGCUAUAGCAUUGCACGGCGGUGCUGGUGUGGACCCCAAUCUUCCAUUGCAAAGGCAAGAGGAAGCUAAACAACUCCUUACGCGCUGUCUUAACCUUGCCAUUUCCGCUCUUCGAUCUAAUCAUUCUGCCAUUGAUGUCGUUGAACUUGUUGUAAGGGAACUGGAGACGGAUCCUCUGUUUAACUCUGGUCGUGGAUCAGCUCUUUCAGAGAAAGGAACAGUGGAGAUGGAGGCAAGUAUCAUGGAUGGACCAAAACGAAGAUACGGUGCCGUUUCAGGUUUAACUACGGUUAAAAACCCAGUUUCACUGGCUCGACUCGUUAUGGAGAAGUCUCCUCAUUCUUAUCUCGCCUUCUCCGGAGCCGAAGAAUUCGCCAGACAACAGGGCGUGGAGCUGAUGGAGAAUGAAUACUUUAUCACUCAAGACAACGUGGGAAUGCUUAAGCUAGCAAAGGAAGCUAAUGCCAUCUUGUUUGACUAUAGAAUUCCAACAACGGGAUUGGAAUGUUGCGCGGCAGAGGCAGACAAUCCACUGAUGAUGAACGGCCUACCAAUAAACGUCUACGCACCGGAGACAGUAGGAUGUGUGGUGGUGGACAAGGAGGGGCGGUGUGCAGCAGCGACAUCGACAGGCGGUCUUAUGAACAAAAUGAGUGGAAGGAUAGGGGACUCACCCAUCAUUGGGUCUGGGACAUAUGCAUGUAAACUAUGUGCAGUUUCAUGUACUGGAGAAGGAGAAGCAAUCCUACGCGGGACGCUAGCACGAGAUGUGGCGGCCGUGAUGGAGUAUAAAGGAUUGGGACUUCAGGAGGCAGUGAAUUUUGUGAUUAAGGAGAGGCUUGACGAUGGUGGCAAAGCUGGGCUAAUUGCUGUCUCUAACAAGGGGGAAGUGGCGUAUGGGUUUAAUACCAACGGUAUGUUUAGAGGUUGUGCUGCUGAAGAUGGGUUCAUGGAGGUUGGCAUUUGGGAGUAAGGGAUAUCAAUUAUUCAUGCUUUUAUGUCAUAGCUAGAUUAGUUUUCAUUUUUUCAUGAUUUGUAACCUAAACUUCCCCAUUUUCCUCCAUAUUAAGCUGUGGCGUUGAAGUAUAUAUAUAUAUAUCAUAUUGGGACUAA